GAAUCCCAAAAAAUGACAUCCAGACUGAGAAAAACUGAGGAAGCAGGGACUAUCCAGCGGCUUUGUCCGCAGUAGAUAAGCGUGUGGUAUUUUAUUGAUCGCACUUUCAUGAAAAUAUUUGGAAUAUCUCUUCGUAAGGAAUGAAGCUUAUCUGUAGGCGACAAAAAUUAGAAAAACUGCAAAAAAUGUAUCUUUGAGAACUGGCGGUGCUUCCAUAGAAUACAUUUCCUGUGCAUGACAGCAGAGCAUAGCGAAGCCGUUGUCUCAAUUCUAAAGACUUUGCCAUUGCAAGGAUCCGCACGGCUACACAUAUUAAUUAGCCUACUUCUUUUUAUAUUACGACAUGUGUGACUUAAUGCCAGCUUCACAACCUACGGAAAAAAUAGGUAAAAUGAAAAAGUUGCGAAGAACUUUAUCCGAGAGUUUCAGCCGCAUUGCUUUCAAGAAAGAGGACAGUGGCUUUGAUGAGAUAUGUGUCACAAAGAUGUCCACACGCAACUGCCAGGGAAUGGACUCGGUCAUCAAGCCCCUGGACACCAUCCCUGAGGACAAGAAGGUGAGGGUCCAGCGGACGCAAAGCGGAUUCGACCCCUUUGAGAAACCGGCCAGUCAGGUCAAGAGGGUCCACUCCGAGAACAACGCCUGCAUCAACUUCAAAGGCUCGUCCACAGGGAAGGAGUCGCCCAAACUCAGACGCCACUCCAGUCCCAGCUCGCCCACAAGCCCCAAGUUCGGGAAGGCAGAUUCCUAUGAGAAGCUGGAAAAGCUGGGAGAGGGCUCGUAUGCUACCGUUUACAAAGGGAAGAGCAAGGUCAAUGGCAAGCUGGUUGCGCUGAAAGUGAUCCGCCUGCAGGAAGAAGAAGGCACUCCGUUCACAGCCAUCAGGGAAGCAUCGCUUUUGAAAGGACUGAAGCACGCAAACAUUGUGCUGCUUCACGACAUCAUUCACACCAAGGAAACCCUAACACUGGUCUUCGAGUAUGUGCACACUGACCUGUGCCAGUAUAUGGACAAGCAUCCUGGAGGUCUCUAUCCAGACAAUGUGAAGCUCUUCCUGUUCCAGCUGCUUCGGGGCCUGUCCUACAUUCACCAGCGUUACAUCCUGCACCGGGACCUCAAGCCCCAGAACCUGCUCAUCAGCGACAUGGGCGAGCUGAAGCUGGCUGAUUUUGGCCUGGCCCGAGCCAAAUCGGUUCCUAGCCACACAUACUCCAACGAGGUGGUGACCCUGUGGUACAGGCCUCCUGAUGUGCUGUUGGGCUCCACAGACUACUCCACCUGCCUGGACAUGUGGGGUGUGGGGUGCAUCUUCAUUGAAAUGAUCCAAGGCGUGGCUGCAUUUCCAGGGAUGAAGGAUAUUCAAGACCAGCUUGAGCGGAUAUUUCUGGUCCUGGGCACACCUUCUGAGGACACGUGGCCCGGUGUCCACUCCCUGCCUCACUUCAAGCCAGAUCGUUUUACUGUGUACAGUCCAAAGAAGCUGAGACAGGCUUGGAACAAAUUGGGCUAUGUGGAUCACGCAGAGGAGCUGGCCUCCAGGUUUCUCCAGUGCUUCCCAAAGAACCGGCUGUCUGCGCAGGCAGCCCUCAGCCACGAGUACUUCAGCCAUCUUCCCCCGCGGCUCUGGGAGCUGCCUGACAUGUCUUCUAUCUUCACUGUAUCAAAUGUUAAACUGCAGUCUGAGACAGGGGACAGCAUUCAAGUGUGUGGGAAGACGGGUGGCCACAGCAAAGGGACGUCCAACAGCAAGCACUGACCAGCUGACCUGGCCCCCUCAGGAGCCAGCCAGAUUGCGACUUUCAAGAGUCAGACGAAGAUGAUGAGGAAGGGUGGUGGACUGAAUGGGCUGGAUGAGAACACCUUUUCUGUUUUGAUUCUUUACUCGGUUCGAAGGACAUUCAGUGGCACGCAAUUUUGUGGUCAUGACAGGCUCCCCAGAUUUCAUUGAUGUGAAAUGCUGAUUUACUUUCACAAGGAAAAUAUUGCUGUAUAUUUCUGAAGUAUUGACAAUGUUCAAAUGCAGACAUUGAAUUCACAAAGAAUAACUAAAGAGAAUAGCUGAAAGGAUGUUGAAAUACAGUGAGUGUAUCUUCUUAUACAGUGUACACAAAAACACACAGUACACGCAAACAGAAAGACAGCCACACGCACACACACACACACACACACACACACACACACACACAGCAUGUGUCAGCAUGCCUUUACUUCAUUCUUUAAGUCUUAUCAGGGGCAGACUCAUUAACAUAGGCAAAUGUUAUCAAUAAUUCUUUCGCAUAAUACUAUCCCUUCGGAUUACGAAGUAUAUAUAAAGCCUCUGCAGUCUGCCAUUCUUCCUCUGUAAUGACAUCACCAUGUGCAUCACUGUAGAAUAUAGCUCAAUUUAGUAGUAGUUGUAGUAGUAGUAGUACCAGUAAAAAUAAUAAUAACAAUAAUAACAACAACAACAAUAAUAAUACUAAUAAUAAUAAUAAUAAUAAUAAUAAUAAUAAUGGUGCAUUAUCCGUAUGCCAGUAGUUGAGCUGCUGGUAUGUGAUGGUGCAUGUUCGUUCACACCUCCAGGGACGGUGCAAACAGGACCAUUGCAUUCACCACAGAUAAGACAGGGUUGCAAUCAGUUCUGCAUAAUGCAAUGCCAUCUUGGGUUUAACCUUACUUCCAGUGCAGCGUUCCUGUUUUCAUAUUAGACGGGUGUGUACUGUACGUUAACAUGUUAUGGGCAAUACACUUGCAUUGGUGCUACUAUGUAGGUAAUACAUGGAUCCUCUAGAUUUUAAAAAGUGGCCUGGAAAAUCUCGAUAACCCAAAUCUGCAUUUAUAAUUCAUCAAUAGUAUUAUUAUUUGUGGUAGUAGUAGUAGUAGUAAAUAAUUUUCAUUUUUGAUAAGGGACGCAUGACAAUCAUCCUGAGUUUUCAUUCCAUAACUGUCCACUGAAAGACAGGGCUGAAAAUGCAGUAAUUCACUCCCUUCUCAGGUUUCAGUUGGUCUUUCUCAAAUGAAGUCCUUUUUUAUUUCCCAGUAAUCAGCAUGUGUGGGUUAUCAAGCUUUUACAGUGAAAAUUAUGUUAGACAAGGAAAUAUGGUGGGGCCACUGAUCCUGGACAGAGAGUCUGGGAGGAGCCAGGGUGGUUCACCAGUGUCUUCCCUCAUUCCCCAGUCUCAGCUACCCAUUACAAGCCACGCCCUCUUUGGGCCACAUCACAGGGCCCUAUCUGUCACCUGACCACAACCCCUGAAGAGCAAAAUACUAUUUAUACUCAACCAAAUUAUUCCUGCUAUGGUACUCUCUCUGCACUUUGCCUCUAGUGUGUACCAAUUUCAUACUGAUUUAUCAGUUUAGAUCUUGUUUUAAUGGUACUGUUUUAUGUUUAUUCAUGAUGAUGAAUUUCUUUUUUUAAUUGUUAUUAUGGAAACAUUUAGUGAAAUUAAAACAACAGAAUUAUUGGAUUCAGGUAUUGUCUCCCGGUGGGAAUGCUUGAAACUGUCUUAUUGUGUGCAUAUAGAAGCAAUGCUCUGUAGGACUGUAGCUAGACUGAAUCAGGUUAUGUUAAAGAGGGCAUAUUUCAGUAAUCAUGCCCACCCCAACACACCCCAUCCCUCACUACUAACAAUGAAUGAGAGAAGAGUAAUUGCAGUACAUUUCUGAAACUAUAAUAUACACUUAGUACCACUGACUGAGACGUAUACACCUACACAGAUAUGUACAAAUACGGUACCAACACAGACAGUCCAGAAGUCCUUAAGACUAGGGAGGAUGACACUUGGCAGAGGUCACUCACGCCAUUACCCUUUUAUUUUCUGCACCGUGUUGCAGUCUGUUGGAAUGAAAUUAUGCCUACAUUUUUUACUCACAUCGCUCGUAUUUUCGCUCUAGUACCCAACUCAAAUAUGUACAUGUAGGCCUACAGGACCUACUGUAUAGGCAUUGAAAGCACUUACACACACACCACAGCUUUUUCAGUCGUCCGUUUAGGGUUUUUGCUCUUGCUGGGGGGAAAAAAACCCUUUGCCUUGUGGCUGUGGGUACAGCUUUAAUAGUGUUACCAUCAUAUGGAUAACAUGCAGAGCAAAGGCUAAUUGAAGUAGUUGGAAGUUAAUUUUUGCUAUUAAGAAUGCACUUUUAAAAAGAUCUUCUUUGCUCAACAUUCCAUCUUAAAGUUAUAUGUCACUUUGCACCCGAAUUGUCCUUAAUGUCGCUUUUGCGUGAAGGAAAACUUGGUGGCGAUGGAGUCUCUGUAGGAACGUAAGAUGCGGGAUGAAUAAGACAUAUUUGAAGUAAUCUCAUUGUGUAUCAGUUUCAUCCUUGAUAAGUAUGGACAUGUUUAAAUAAAGGGGGAGCAGCCUUUAAGAGUGUUAAAUAGUGUGGCAGAACUGUGAUAAGAGAGAACGACUGUACGUUAAGGCACCAAGGCUUUAAAAGAUUCCCGGACCCGGGCAGUGUUAGCAGCUGAAUAAUUAUUUUUCUACGUUAAGCACACUUUCUUAGUAUAUUAUCGCAUUUCGUUUUGAUCUGGCAGCAGCUGCAUCGGCAAAAUACGGAAAAUUGUAUGUCAGUGACUGCUGCGUUGAGUUUUAAGCACUAGGUCCUUUUGAACUUGAAUGUUUUCAAAAUGUGUCCUCUGAAAAGGAUUACUCAAUGAAGUACGAAGAAGAGCCUACAUAAAAAUAACAAGGAUUGUAGGAAUGCACAUUAGCACUGUGACGGUUAAAAUGAUCAUCUUUUUAUCGUACUCAUUGGCUCUGGCGUUAUCUCCGUUAAAUAGGCUAUAACAUGAAAAUAUAUAGGCUACAUAUUUAAGGGAAUUAAUCAUUGGAUUCCCCGGUUUGCUAUAUUGGAUAUGUUAUGGAAUGUGUAGUCCGUACCCCGUUAUUAUUGGAUACUUACGUUCACCUGUGAAUAUUUUAUCAUUUUGUAACCUUUGUUAUAAACCGUUAGGCUGUAUAUAGCUGAGGCGAAAAACCUCCUGUAAAAUGUAAUAGUGACGCUUAAAAAUAUUGCGUUUUGGGUCACGAAUGUCCCCAUUACGCUGUUAAAUGGGGGAUUCAUAUAUAUAUUUGGCCUUGUUGAUUUCUUAUUGCAUAGACGUGUAUACUGAGAAAGACAUUGGUCUUCUAGUGCAUCCCUGCUGCGCUGAACACCGAAUCCUCCUUUUCAAAUUUAAAAGCUUCACUUGCAUAUUUUCUUUUUUGUAUGAUGCACUGAAAAUACAUACUUUUGACGGUUUGGAACAUAGAAGUGUUAUCAGUCACUUUAUAAACUCUUAAACUCCAUAUAUGGUAGAGUAGCUGUUGCAUUAUUUGUUACAGUAUGUAUGUAAUGUUACUAUGGAAGAUGUAAUGUCCUUCUGUAAAUGUUGUUUAUUGUUGUUUUACCUGAAAUAAAGUUUAUUAAUGCUGAAAAU